AUGUUGGGGAUACCAUUUCUAGAUAAUGCUUUUUUAAAGCUUUUCGCACCAACAACAUACGAUGAUCGCAUUGAUCGGCUCAAUUAUUUUGUUACAAGUUCGCUGCUCACAUUUUUUGCAAUCCUUGUUUCAGCAAAACAAUAUGUUGGCUCACCAAUACAGUGUUGGAUGCCUAUGGAAUUUAAAGGUGGUUGGGAGCAAUAUGCAGAAGACUACUGUUUCAUACAGAAUACUUAUUGGGUACACUUUGAUGAACCGGUACCUGAAGAUGUGAAUGAUCGUCGUGAUGCAGAAAUUGGUUACUACCAGUGGGUACCAAUCGUAUUAGUGCUACAAGCACUGAUGUUUUUUAUCCCGGCAUGGGUAUGGAAAACUCUCAAUAAGCAAAGUGGUUUGGAUUUGGAUGCCAUCGUGAAAGAAACAAAAAACUUGAGGGCAUCAAAAUCUGAUGAACGGAAGAAGGAGUUGAAAAAACUGUCAUCAUUUAUUGCUGAAUGUUUGGAAUUUGAUAAACCACACUCGCCUAGUCAUCGUUAUCUCUGUUUUAAUUUCGGUUCAUCACUGGGAUCAUAUGUAACGUCUCUAUAUUUAAUCGUGAAAUUGCUAUUCUUGAUCAAUAUAUUUACUCAAUUUGUGAUACUCAAUAAUUUUUUGGGCACAAGUCAUGGCCUUUGGGGGUUUCAGACUCUGAUUGAUUUAUGGCAAGGACGAGAAUGGCUUGAUUCCGGUAUAUUUCCACGUGUUACAAUGUGUGAUUUCAAAGUGCGUCGUUUAGCAAAUAUUCAUCGGUAUUCCGUACAAUGCGUCUUAAUGAUAAAUAUGUUCAAUGAAAAAAUUUACCUUUUCCUUUGGUUUUGGUUUUUGUUUGUGGCUGCGUCAACUCUUCUCAACUUUAUUUAUUUUUCUUACAAUACAAUAUUAGGUCUGAACCGUGAACGCACAGCAAGAUUGUUGCUCUCUCAUAUAGACUUAGAUGAAACUCCAUUGGAUGAAACAAUAUUACGACGUUUUGUACAUCGGGGAUUACGGCCUGAUGGUAUUUUACUUUUGCGGUUUGUCGAUAUGUAUGCUGGUGGUAUGUUAGCCCGCGAUCUUUGUGGACAGCUGUUUUCUAGCUAUUCCAAAAAGCAGUACAGUUUAGCAGUUGGAAGUAGCGCCAAAAAAAGCUCGUCACCAAGUCCAGAUCAUGGCUUCACGGAAAAGCAGUAUAAUCCGGAAAGGGCAAACCGCCUUAAUGGACUUCCGGAUUACCUUCGACUCACUGAGUUAACUGGUCCACUAAUGCAACCAGAUUCGUUUACGGCAACUGCAGGAAAAGACAGAAGUCAGUAA